AUGAGUUUAGUUGAUCCAGAGUUAAGUAAGAUUGAAAUUCUUGAUUCCAUUUUAAAGGAAUUAUUGGAAGAAAAACCUUUAAAUGACGUGAUUAAUCAUCUAUCGGUCCAAAAUGUAUCUAAAGUAGAGUUUAAGACCAAUGUCGAUAAUGAAAAAGACUCAAUGAAGCUAUCAGAUCAACCUUUGAUUACAAUAAAUCAUAACAAAGCUUUGUUAUUAUUUGCCUUAUUUCCCAACCAAAGUAUGAAAUCUAUAGAUUUGGUGUUCAAUCUGGUCAUUAAUAACGACGACUUAAGUUUCGUCAGCUGUGAUAAUUGUGAGCUUUUAUCGAAUAUCGUGUUAGUUCCAAAAGAGGGAAGGCACAGGUUAGGUGAUAUUGAACAACUAAUUUCAGAUUUGAUUCCAAAAACAAGAUCUACAGAUGUAAAAUAUUCCAACCUCGCAGCUUCUAAUGAUCAACUGAUAGAAUUGGACUCGUUUAAUGUUGACAUUGUUAAUUGGUAUUGCGAUUGUCAAGAUUAUCAAUCAAAGAUAAAUAAAAAGUCUAGGUAUUUAGACAAAUCUAGAGAAGAAUUUGAAUUAUUCAACCACAACAACAGAAAAAACGUUUUAUGGCGAUUGAUUUAUGACCUGAAAUGUAAUCAAUUAAUACCUGUCCCAUAUUGUUGUCAUUUGUUGUGUAUAAUGAUCAUAGUUUAUAAUCCUAUUAUGUAUAGAAAAUAUAUAUCAUUGUCUUCUUGA